CCGGAGAGACCAAGGGACUGGGGCUAGAGCACAGAGAGAAUAACUUCCUGAUGACUUUCCCCCAGUAGGGUUAGGGUGAGCAUAUCACUGCUAGAAUGAGUCAUUACGGGUCCCAGAAUCGCCUGUACCAGGGCCAGAGUUUUGGCUCCAGAGGUGACUUGACUGGCAAUUACGCACGCAGCGAGGUCGUGCACGGAGGCGGUAAUGGAUACGAUCCCUACCUGGAAGGAUACAACACCUACACCUUUUCAAAGUCCUCUGGAGGCGGUAUACCUAGUGGAGCAAUGAUGUCGGGAGGCACAAUGUCCAGUGGUAUGGUAAUAAAAGGCGGACAUUCAGGAACCAUGAUGAGCUCUGCAGGAGGCGGCAUGUCAGGCGGCAUGGGAGGCGGAGGCGGAAUGGCAAGCGGCAUGGGAGGCGGAAUGGCAAGCGGCAUGGGAGGCGGCAUGGCAAGCGGCAUGGCAAGCGGCAUGGCAAGCGGCAUGGCAGGCGGAAUGGGAGGCGGAUCGAGCAACAUCCACCAUAGGGCCAUGCUGCUGCAGAACCAGUGCCAGGAGUACCUGAAGAAAGCGGAAUACGCCCUUCAGACUGGCGGUGCCCCGGCUGAUGUAGAGCGUUUGAUGAUGCUGGCUAAAGAGUCUAUAGCGCAUAUGAGGAACUGCGCCAUGGACCUGAGACAACUUGGACAACCCAAUGACAACGUAGUGAGGACAUUGGAGAUAUGUAAAGAUCAGCUGAAGUCAGUCCAGAUGGCCAUGUCGGGCAGCAUGCACAGGAAGAGGAGCAACAGAGGGAGCUCGGGAGGCUGGGAGGAGCCUGGAAGGAGCUACCAAGAUGCUAUGGGAUGGAUUGCACAGCACAAGCGUUUGAUUGAAACAGCUCCCUGGGGAGACAAUCCUGCAGCCAUCGAGCAGCAGGUCCUCAGCCACCAGAGCUUCCACAACUCCAAUCAGAGGUCUACAGAGGUGGACCGAGCCAGAGACGACCUGAUGAAGAAAGGAGACAAGGGAAACCUUCAUGCUCUGGAUCAGGAAUGGGACAGUCUGCAGCAAAUGUCCAAUGGUCGAGGAGAGCAGUUGCAAGAGCUCAAGAUGAUCCUAAAGGAUAUUUCCAGUGAGAUCAUGUGGGUGAACGAACGGGAGGAGGAGGAGCUGAUGUUUGACUGGGGAGACAAGAACAUCGACAACUACAUCCCGAAGAAGCAGGAGAGCUACUCGAAACUGAUGAGUGCACUGGAGGAGAAAGAGAAGGACUUGAAUAAACUCAAGGGAAAAGUGGAUUCACUCCUGAAGAAUAAGCAUCCGGCUUCAGACAAGAUCGAGGCUUACAGUGACACUCUGCAGACUCAGUGGAGUUGGCUCCUUCAAAUCACCAAGUGCAUUGAUAUACAUCUGAAGGAAAAUGCCGCUUACAACCAGUUCUUUAAAGAGGCCAAUGAGACGUACAGCAACCUGCAGAGUGAACACGAGACGGUCCGUAAGAAGUUCAUCUGUGACAAGAACACUUCUCUGGAGGACCUACUGGAGACCCUCAAUGGGCUGGAGAGCGAGAAAGACAUCAUUAUGGCUAACAAGAGGCAGGUUCAACAUCUGGUCAACAAGUCCAGGAGCAUUGUGAGGCUGAAACCCAGAAACACGGAUGAGAAGAGCAGCCAGCAAGUCAUCGUCAAAGCCCUGUGUGACUUCAAACAAGACCAGAAGGUGAUCUGUAAGGGAGAUGAGGCGAUCCUAAAGAACAACAGUCAGCGCAGUAAGUGGGACGUAAAAGGCCCGGGAGGCCUGGAUAUGUCGGUGCCCUCUGUGUGCCUGAUUGUACCCCCUCCCAACCCACUCAGCAUCAGUAUGGCCAACAAGAAUGAGCAGUACUAUGAGGCCAUCUUGUCAAUCUGGAAUCAGCUUUACAUCAACGUAAAGAGUCUCAUCGCCUGGCAGUACUGCCUCAUGGAUAUCCAAAAAAUCAACUCCCUCACCAUGACCAUGCUGUCCCGCAUGCGUCCUGAGGAAUACCGGCAACUCAUCAAGAGCCUGGAGACUCGCUAUGAGGAGUUCAAAGUGAGCAGCUAUGGCUCUGAGAUGUUUUCUGAUGAGGACAAGAGGGGCAUCGAGAACCAGUUCACUGGAGCCCAGACCUACUACGACCAGCUGGUGGUGCAGCUGCCUGCUUACACUGGGCAAAUAGAAGCAGAACGAGCAGCGGAACAGCAAAACACACAGUACCUGAUCUUAAUACAGCAGCAGCAGCAGCAGCAGCAGCAGCUGCAAGAAGAACAGGCUGCAGCAGAGGCGGAGGCCAGGAGACUUGAAGAAAUAAGAAGAAAAGAAGAGAUUAAGAAAGUGAAGAAAACCGAUGUCAAAGUGAUAAAUAAAGGGUUUACUAAGAAGGAAGACAUUAAAGCCACCAAGGCAGAGGUGGUGAAGAAGGGGGGGAAAGGGUCCUCUUCUUCCUCCUUCUCGUCCUCCCGCAGUUUAUCUGAGCUGCACGCGCUCAGACUCAGACUGGAGGGUGCAGAGGGCACGCUGAGUCAGCAUGUUCACAUCUGCCUCGGAGACGACGGGAUACACGACUGUGGCCUCAAGAUCUCUCAGUUAGAGACUGUGCAGCGUGAUAUCCACUCCAUGAACGAGGAGUACUUACGUCUGAGGGAGCUCAUCUUGAAGGAGCUGGAGGGCAUGAAUGACCCGGACAAAGCCCAGUUCCUACGCAGUGAGAUUGAAAUUAUCAACCAGAGACUGGGCGGUCUGGAGAGCAGCUCAUCAGUUUACUUGCAGUGGCUGCAGGCUCUGAGGGACAUGCUAGAGAGUGUGGCACAAGCUGAAGAUAUAGUGAAAGUUCAUGAAGCAAGGCUAACAGAAAAAGAGACCACUUCUCUGUCGCCCAGUGAGGUGGAGGAUUACAUGUUGACCCUUAAGAAAAUCAAAGCAGAGCUGGAUCAGAAGAAGUCAGUGUUGGCCUCCAUGGAGGCGGAGUUAGCCCAGGCCAACCACUGGAACGGCCAGGUGGGCGGGCCCUUCUACCGGUGUGACAUGAUGCUGUCCAAAUACGGUGAGCAGGUGGGCCUGCUGUCAGACCGCUGGAAACGAAUCCUAGCUCAGAUUGACACCAGAGUCCAGGAUUUGCAGGUGUAUCAUCCUCAGCUGCAGCACUACAAGCAAACCAGCACCUCCAUUCUUGACUGGAUUGAUACCACACGGAAGAAACAAGACAACCUGCAGGCCACCAAGAUAGAAAGCAUCCCUGCACUGACAGAGCAUAUUACCCAACAGAAGGCUCUGAACUCAGAAAUCAAAGCGAAGAGGGAGACAGUAGAGAGGGUGCUGAAGGACAACGUGGCCUGUGUGAACUCAAUCAAGGAGUAUGAGACAGACCUGGCCACUUACACCUCUGGUUUAGAGACAUUGCUCAACAUCCCCGUCAGAAGAACAAUGCUGAAGUCGCCAACGAUGGAUCUCAAUGUUGAAGCUACACAACUGCAAACCCGUUAUAUGGAGUUGCUCGCUCAUUCCGGUGACUACUCCAAAUUCUUGGGAGUGCUGCAGAAAAAUAUGGAGGAGCUCAAGAUUCGUAACACCAGGAUUGACCUGUUGGAAGAAGAACUUCGCCAGCUGAGAGAGAACAUGCAAGACUACCAUGCCAAGAAUAAAUCUCUGGAAGACGCCGUUGCACGUUACCAGCUGGAGUUGUCCUGCUCGAAGGACCAGCUGCUGUCCUUGGAGGAGGUGAAGCAGAAAACUACGCAGCAGUGCAAUGCCACCAAGGACAGCCUAGGCGGCUAUCAGAGCCAGCUGGCAGACCUCAACGAUCAGGUGACUCGCAUCCAAUAUAUGCUUGAUGAAGAAAAGAGGAAGAAGAAGCUGGCAGAGGAACGUUACACUACACAGCAGGAGGAGUACGAGUUGGUGCUGAGGAAGAGGCAGAAGGAGCUCGAGACGAUCAGCUGGUCCAAGGUGGAGUUGGAGAAGAAUGUGUCAACUAAGGAGCACGAAAUCGAAAAGCUGCGGCGGGAGCUGGCUGAGGAGGCAGCGAGGAUCAAAGAGCUUCAGAGGGAGAUGUCAAAGGUAAGGAGCCAAUGCAGUACGGAGAUCAAUAACUUAAAGCUCAGCUAUGAAUCCCAGAUCCAUGUCAGCCGCACUGACAUCCAGAGGCUGUCAGCCAAGAGGGAGGAGGAUACAGCAGAUCUCCAGCUGCAGUACGAGAGGGUGGAGGCAGAGAGGAGGAAUCUGGAGGAGCAGCUCAGCAAGCUCAGGAUGUCUAUGAGUCAGGCUGAGGAACAACGGAGAAGGGCAGAAGAAGAAGCUCACAGCCAGCGCGCUGUCAUCACAGAGGAAGGGUGCAGGCGGAGGGAACUGGAAAGUGAGUUGGAGCUGCUGAUGAGGCAGAGAGAUGAGGAAAUCAGCCGGUAUACAGAGGAGCUGGCAGAGGUCAUGGAGAGACUGCAGGAGAAGAAUGACGAGUUGGCCUACAUUACUCACAGUCUGGAGGAGGAGACCCGCAGGAGGAAAACUAUAGAGGAAGGGCAGGGUGUGCUUGAGCAGACUUUGGCCCAGCUGCAGGUGAAGCUAACCAGUUCUUCAGUGACUGCUACCCAGCUGGGGGUGUGCGAGGAGGAGCUUCAGAAGAUCCGUUCCGAUCUGGAAAAGGAGAGCAGGGAGCGAAUCAGAGUAGAACACAAUUUAAGCAGGUUACAGGGACGAAUGAAAGACAUUCAGGAUGUUAGAGAUGGGCUGGAGAGCCAAGUGGAGAAUCUGAGGAAGGCUAACCAAGAGGAGGUGUCCAAAAGAAGGCAAGUGGAAAGAGAGCUGGAGAACACCACCAGUGCCAUGACAGAAUACGUCAGCACCAUUACCACUCUACACCAGAGCCAAGAACAUGCCAGUACGUCAGAAAAGAGGGGUGAAGAAGAGCGUCUUAGGUUGCAGGAGGAACUAGAGAGAAGCUUGAGACAAAACAAAGCAUCUGCAGAGCGCAUGACACAUAUGAGCACCGAGCUGAAGACUCUGCAGCAACAACUCCUCCAGGAGCAGGCCAGAGGCAAAGAGGCAAACCUCAGAAAUGAGAGCCUUUACAAAACCAUAGAAGAGAAGAGUAAGGCACUGAAUGAGAACUCUGUUGAGAUUCAAAGGCUAAAGGUGACGACAGAAACCCAGACCAAAGAGAGGCUGAAGCUAGAGGAGGAACUAAGGGCAACACGCCAUGACAAAGAUGAACUUCUGAGAAGCCAACAGGGAAGUGCUGAUGAGCUCUCCUCCCAGAUUAGUGCACUGGAGCUGCAGCUGCAGGCCAGUGAGCGCAGCAAUGUAGAUUACCACAACCUGGUUUCAGAGCUUUCCUCAGAGAGGGAGAAACUCAAGCUGGAGACUGAGAAAAUACGAAAGCAGGCCACCGAGACAAAAACCACGAUGCAUACCAUCGAGUCCCAGUUCAGUGAGAUAGAGAUAGAGAGAGAUAGUCUUUUGAGGAAACUACAAUCAUCAGAAAAGGAUAGAGAUCGCUGCCGAAUACUAGAAGAGGAACUCAGGCUCAUUAAAUCGUCCAAAGACUCUGAGCUUCGUCGUCUACAAGAGGAUAACGAGAGGGUGAAGAAGGAUUUAAAUUACUGGAAGGACCAGUAUGAAAGUAAGCAGGACAUGAUAAGGCAAUAUGACACAGAAAAGGAUCGUAUGGAGAGUGAAAAGAACAGUUUGAAAAGUGAGAUCGAUAGGCUGAUGCGGGAACUCAGGGAGCUUGAUGAGACGUAUAAAAGUAGGCUGUCAGACAUGCAGAAGGAACUGCGGGAGGUGGUCAUUGUCAGAAAAAACAUGGAAACUCAGCUGGCAAAAGCUAGAGAGACGGCGACCUUGGAUCCCUCCACUUUGGUUUUUGAGGGAGUCCGUAAGCCAGUCACAGCAGACCAGUUGCUUGACUGUGCAGUCUUGGACAAACCAACAUUUAGCCAGCUUGUAAAGGGGCAAAAGACUGUCCCUGGGGUGUCUGAAGACAAAAAGGUUAUUCUCAAAGGGACAGGUCCAAUAGCUGGGGUAGUAGUUGAAGGUCCGAAAGGUUCAGGGUCUAAUAUUGGACCCCUAUACAAAAUGACAUUAACCGAAGCCAAGAAAGAGAAUCUGCUGCCACCAGAUUGCGUUUACCUGCUACUGGAUGCACAGGCCGCAACAGGCCACAUAAUUGACCCCAGAACUAAUCAAAAGUUCACAGUUGAAGAGGCAUGUGCUCAAGGUGUGGUUGACGAAGAGGAAAGAGAGAGGUUGCUAGCAGCAGAGGGUGCAGCUGUAGGAUAUCGUGGUCCUGGCACAAGCAAACCCCUUUCUGUAUUUCAAGCCAUGAAGAAAGGACUGAUUGACAAGAACACAACAUUGCGUCUGCUACAAGCCCAGGAGUCUGUGGGGGGCAUCCUAGAUCCCGUACUGAGUGUGUUUCUUCCAAAAGACAAAGCCAUUGAGCGUAACCUAAUUAAUGAUGACAUAAGACGUGCUCUGAAUCAGGAGCCUGAUCUGUACUUGGACCCAGAAAGUGAGGAUGGUGUAACCUAUAUGUCAAUGAAGAAGAGAUGCAAGGUAGAACUACACACAGGCCUUCUUCUGCUUCCUGUCCCAGAGAAGUUAGAUCAUUCUAAACUAUCCUUUGAUGGUGUUCGGAAAGCUGUCACAGCCAAGCAGCUGCUGGAUUGUGAUGUCCUGGACAAGCAAACGUUUAAAGAUCUAGAAAAGGGAAAGAAAACUGUCCGGGAGUUGUCUGAUGCCAAAAAGGUUCCACUGAAAGGGACUGGGCCUAUUGCUGGGGUUGUAGCUGGGACUAGAGGCAAAAUAUCUUUCUCAGAAGCCAAAAAACAGAAGCUUAUUAGUGAAGAUAGUGCAGAUUUGCUACUAGAAGCCCAAGCUGCCACAGGCCACAUCAUUGACCCUAAAACUAAUCAGAAACUAACUGUAGAGGAGGCAUGUGCCAGAGGGUUGGUAGACAUUAGGGAUAGAGACAGAUUAUUGGCAGCUGAAGCUGCUGCUGUGGGAUACAAGCACUAUAGUACAGCGAAGCCUCUCUCAGUGUUUGAAGCCAUGAAGAAGGAUGUUAUUGACAGGAAGGCUGGACUACGUCUGCUGCAGGCCCAGGAGUCUGUGGGCGGUAUUUUAGAUCCUAAUUUCAGUGUGUUCCUCCCUAAAGACACAGCUAUCAAGCACAGACUUUUGGAUGAAAACCUCCGCAAAGCUCUAAACCAGAGUCCUAAGUGUUACCUUGACCCAGAAACUGGGCUUGAAGACAGCUAUGAAGCAUUGAAAAAAAGAUGCACAAUAGAGCCUCACACAGGUAUGCUACUUUUGCCAAUUACUGAGAAGCAAGACCCUUCCAAACUGACUUUUGAUGGUGUCUGUAAGACAGUUACAGCACAGCAGUUGCUUGAUUGUGGCGUCCUGGACAAACCAACAUUCGACCAACUAAUAAAGGGAGAGAAAACUGUCCCAGAGGUCUCUGUGGAUAAGAAGGUGUUUUUAAAGGGGACAGGAUCAAUUGCUGGGGUAGCAGCUGGACCGAUGGGGAAAAUGUCUUUAUCAGAGGCUAAGAAACAAAUGCUCAUGCCCUCAGAGAGUGCAGAUUUGCUCUUGGAUGCACAGGCUGCCACAGGUCACAUCAUUGACCCUUCAACCAAUCAAAAGUUGACAGUAGAGGAAGCAUGUGCCAAAAGAGUGGUGGACAUAAGGGACCGAGAUAGACUCUUGAAAGCAGAAGCUGCUGCUUUAGGCUACCGGGAUCCUAGCACAGCAAAGCCUCUGUCAGUGUUUGAGGCAAUGAAGAAGGGUCUCAUUGAUAGGAAGACUGGGCUUCGUCUCCUACAGGCCCAAGAGUCUGCCGGAGGCAUUUUAGAUCCUAAUCUCAGUGUGUUCCUUCCCAAAGAUACAGCUAUCAAGCGUAACCUUCUGGAUGAGGACCUCUAUCGGGCUCUAAACCAGAGUCCUGCAUGUUACAUUGACCCAGACACCGAGUGCGAGGCCAGCUAUGAGUCUUUAAAGAAGAGAAGCAAAACCGAGUCCCACACAGGCCUGAUACUUCUGCCAAUAACUGAGAGGAAAGACCCUUCGAAACUGAUGUUUGAUGGAAUCCGCAAGCCAGUCUCAGCACUGCAGUUGUAUGAUUGUGGAGUCCUUGACAAACCAACAUUUAAUAAGCUUGUGAGAGGGGAGAAAACUGUCCUUGAAGUGUCUAUUGAAAAGAUGGUCUAUCUAAAGGGUACUGGACCCAUUGCUGGGGUGGUAGCUGAAAGUGAUGGAAAAAUGUCUUUCUUAGAUGCCAAGAAACAAAUGCUCCUGAAACCAGAUAGUGCAGAUUUGCUGUUAGAAGCCCAGGCUGCCACAGGCUACAUAAUUGACCCGAAAACAAAUCAGAAGCUGACAGUAGAAGAGGCAUGUGCCAGAGGGGUGGUUGACAUUAGAGAUCGAGACAAAUUAUUGGUAGCAGAGGCUGCUGCUGUUGGCUUUAAGGAUCCUAGUUCAGACAAGCUUCUCUCAGUGUUUGAGGCUAUGAAGAAGGGUCUCAUUGACAAGAAAAUUGGGCUUCGCCUGCUGCAGGCCCAGGAGUCUGCGGGAGGUAUUAUAGAUCCCAAUCUCAGUGUGUUCCUCCCUAAAGAUACAGCUAUCAAGCGCAACCUCUUAGAUGAAAACCUCCGUCAAGCUUUAAACCAGAGUCCGGAAUGUUACCGUGAUCCAGACACUGAACAAAAUACCAGCUAUGGAUCUUUGAAGGAAAAAUGCAAGAUAGAGCCUCAAGAAAGCCUACAACUUUUGCCAGUUUCUGACAAAUGUGACCCCUCCAAACUUCUCUUUGAUGGUGUUCGUAAGUCUGUCACAGCCCAACAGUUGCUUGAUUGUGGAAUCCUGGACAAAUCAACAUUUAAUCAACUAAUAAAGGGGGAGAAAAAUGUCCAAGAGGUGUCUGUGGAUAAAAGGGUGUUUCUGAAGGGGACAGGGUCAAUUGCUGGUGUUGCAGCUGGACCUUUAAGAAAAAUGUCUUUUACAGAAGCCAAGAAACAGAAAAUGAUGUCAUCCAACAGCGCUGACAUGCUUCUGGAUGCUCAGGCAGCCACUGGAAAAAUAAUUGAUCCCCAAACUAAUCAAAAACUGACAGUUAAAGAAGCAUGUGCUAGAGGACUAGUGGAUAAGGAGGCUGCAUCAAGGUUGUUUGCAGCUGAAGCUGCUGCUAUAGGUUACAGAGACCCAAACAGUGGCAAGCUCCUGUCAGCAGGCCAGGCCAUGAAGAAGGGAUUAAUUGACAAGGACACAGCUCUACGUAUACUACAGGCUCAAGAGUCUGUUGGGGGUAUUUUGGACCCUGCUCUCAGUGUAUUCUUUCCCAAAGAUAUUGCUAUGGAUAGAGAUCUCAUAGAUGCGGACCUCUAUCAGGCCCUAAAUAAGUCUCCUAAGUGUUAUCUGGACCCAGACACCCAACAAGCAACUACAUAUGUAUCUCUGAAGAAAAAAUGCAAAGCUGAUCCAAGCACAGGUCUCUUGCUCCUCCCUGAGCCUAAGAAGCCAAAAACUGUCCCGGGGCUCAGAGGUGAGGUGUCCGUCAUAGAUCUAGUGGAUGCAAACCUAUUAGAUCAGUCGGAUGUGGACAAACUGGGGGAGGGCAGAUUGACGUGCAAGGACAUUGAAGACCGCCUGCGCUCCUACCUGAGAGGUUCCACAUGCAUAGCAGGAAUUUAUGAUGAGGCCAGUGAUAAGGUGAUGUCGGUCUAUCAGGCCAUGAAAGCAGGACUGUUGCAACCUGGGACCGCCUUGGAACUGCUUGAGGCCCAGGCUGCCUCCGGGUUUAUAGUUGAUCCUGUCAACAAUCAAUAUCUUACUGUAACUGAUGCCUACAAUAAAAAACUGUUUGGGCCAGAGUUUAAAGACAACCUGCUAUCAGCAGAGAGGGCUGUGACUGGUUACAAACUGCCGGGUACAGACAAAAUCAUCUCCCUCUUUCAGGCCAUAGAGAGAAGUCUAGUGGAGAAAGAUCAUGGGAUCAAUCUACUAGACGCCCAGAUUGCCAGCGGUGGAAUCAUUGAUCCUGAACACAGCCAUCGUAUUGAUGUUAAAGUAGCCUGCAAGAGAGGUUACUUUAAUGAACAAAUGAACAAGACCCUGACUGAUCAGAGUGGUUACACAAAGGGCUACUUUGAUCCCAACACAGAAGAAAACAUACCCUAUCUGGAGCUUAAGAAACGCUGUAUCACAGAUAGGAAGACAGGCCUCAUCGUUUUGCCCUUAUUGAACAAGGAACUGAUGGAGUCAACUCUGAGUAACACCACACGAAAGAGGAGAGUGAUUAUUGUGGAUCCAGAGACAAAUAAAGAGAUGACAAUACGUGAAGCAUAUGACAAAGGUUAUAUUGAACGUGACACCUUCCUGGAGCUGUCUGAGCAGGAGUGUGAGUGGGAAGAGAUAACUACCACUGCUCCAGAUGGUUCUGAGAAGUUUGUUAUCAUUGACAAGAAGUCUGAAAGAAAUUAUAAUAUAACUGAGCUGAUUGAAAAGCGAAUGAUUGAUCAGUCCGAUAUAGACGAUUACAGAUCGCGUAAAAUCACGCUUACACAAUUUGCAGACAUCAUCAGCAACAAAACCAAACAUAGAUCAUCAUCAAGAUCCUCAUCAACUUCAAAAUCAGCAGGCAAAUAUACAUGUGCGACUACAUCAUCUUCAACCUUAAAAACAUCCUCAGCGUCACUGUCAGGGAAAUCAUCUUCUUCACCAUCAGUCCCGUCAAGGCCCUUAUCACCUACUUUCGCCAAGAUGACCACAACAAGAACCACAACAUUUUCAGAGCGAAGCGCUUCAACCAGCAGUGCAGCUCGUGACUCACCUGACUCUCUAAGGGGAAUAUCUAGUGUUUCUGUCACCUUAGCCUCUGUUGCUGAAUCUGUGGGUGAACAGGAACCUGUGGGUGCCAUAUUUCACACUGAUACAUUAGAGAAGAUAUCCAUCACAGAGGCUCUAAAUCGUGGUCUGGUGGAUUCCAUCACUGGCCAGAGGCUGCUGGAAGCUCAGGCCUGCACUGGAGGAAUAAUUGAUCCCACAAAUGGCCGUAGGCUUAGCAUCCAAGAGGCUACCCGGCAGGGCAUAAUAAAUGACGACAUGGCCCAUAAGCUCAAGCCUGCCCAAAAAGCCUACUUUGGCUUUGAGGAUGUAAAGACAAAGAAGAAGAUGUCGGCUGCUCAGGCCGUGAAGGAGAUGUGGCUGCCAUAUGAGGCUGGGCAUAGGUUCUUGGAAUACCAGGUUGCCACUGGGGGGGUUUAUGACCCAGAAAUGGGCUGCCGAAGAACCAUGGAAGACGCCAUCAAAAUGGGUUGGCUGGAUGUAAGAGCAGCUCAGAAUCUCCAAGACAUCAGAAACCACACAAAGAACAUGACCUGCCCAAAGACCAAACUUAAGAUCUCUUACAAGGAGGCUCUGGAUAAUUGUCUGGUGGAGGAAGGCAAUGGGAUGAAAAUGCUCCAGGCAUCAUCUGAGUCUUCCAGAGGAAUUAGCAGUCCCUACAAUGCCUCCUCUGCCCCAGGAUCCACUUCUGGCUCCAGGAGUGGCUCACAACGAGGUUCCCGUCGGAGUAGUGUGGACCUAGGCUCCCCCCUCUCCUCAUCAACCACCUCAUCAACUUCUAACCAGACUCGUACAAUCUUCAAUACACUUUCCCCGAGAUCUACUUAUUAAAGAUCAAGUGCUAUAAACUGCAAAUGAGUCAGUUUGUUAAAACUACACUGAUUGUUUAAAAAAGUUAGUGUGUGUUGUCUAUGAGGAGAAAAAUUCAAAACUACUUUCCUUGAAAUGUUCUUUUCGUUCUUUGCCCUUUUUUUUUAGAUUUAGCUCUGUUGUUGCUAUGCCUUUGUGCUUCUGUUCAAUUUAUUGUUCAAAUUAAUACUAUCAAGAUAUUUUUUUGUAGAAAUUGACAGUAUAAUUGAUACAUGUGUAGUAUUAUUCGGCCUCUGAAGGUAUUUGGAUAUUUAAAAAAUUAUAAAAUUGACAGGGCCCCUAAAAUAGGCUUAGAAAUGAUUGUCAUAUUCUUUAUACACAUAUGUGAAAAUUUCUUUUUAAGCUUUGCAUCAGUAAUAUGAUAACGUUCUGUAUACAUUUAUUUUUGAAAUACCUAUUUUGUGGAGGCAGGGAUGCAAGGUUUGGUUAAAUGUAUUGGCUUAAGUAUUUUUUUGGCAGUUGUCAGCCCUUGGUGUUUUUGUCUUUGGUACUUUGGUUUUAUAACAGUUUCCCAAUAUCUCAAAAUAAAAGCUAACAAUUGUAUUUUGCUCA